GGCACGGCCGGUCCAUGUAGCGCGCGCCCGGACACGGAGCAGGGGUCACGCGCAACGGCAGCCCGGCUUGUCGGGAGCGCGAGGGGCGACAUGGGGGCGGAGGCCGGCGAGCCCAGCUCCAUCCUCAGCUUAGCUUCCGCCUUUUCCUAUGGAGUCGCAUCUAUGGCAAUGGUUUUCGUGAACAAAGCGGUUCUUAUGCAGUAUGUUCACUCCAUGACCCUCCUCACUUUACAGCAAAUAGCAACAGCACUUCUGAUACAUUUUGGUCAAGUUCUAGGAAUGUCUAAACGAAAAGACUUUAGCUGGAUAACCGCGAAGAAACUUCUUCCAGUGUCAAUUUUCUACAAUGCAAAUGUGGGAUUUGCUCUAGCAAGCUUGAAAGGGGUUAACAUCCCAAUGUAUAUUGCAAUCAAAAGGAUCACUCCCCUUGCUGUGUUGGUGGCUGGGUGCAUGCGGGGAAAGGGGAAGCCACCGACACAGGUCAUUCUUUCAGUUAUCUGCACCGCCACUGGUGUCCUCAUUGCAGCACUUGGAGAUUUUUCCUUUGACCUAUAUGGAUACUGCAUGGCUCUAACAUCAGUCUUCUUCCAGACUAUGUAUUUGAUUCUGGUGGAGAAAUCAGGCGCUGAGGAUGGUCUUUCCUCAGUGGACUUGAUGUUUUACAACAGCAUAUUGUCACUUCCAUUUCUGUUUUUCCUCAUUAUAGCAACAGGAGAAUUCCCCCAUUCUCUUACAGUAUUAUCUGCAAAGGCAGCCUCUCUGACGUUCGGUGUCAUUCUCGUUAUCUCACUGGUGAUGGGAAUCGUUCUCAAUUUCACUAUGUUUUGGUGCACAAUUGUGAACUCUGCUCUGACUACAACAAUAGUAGGAGUUCUCAAGGGUGUCGGAUCAACGGUAAAUUUGCCGACUUAUGAAAGAUCAGUUUGUCCUUUAAUCAGAACCCUUUGAUACAAUUGAGCUCUGAAGUUAACUAAUAAGUAAAUCAUAUAUCAUGUUUUUCGCCAUCAGACCCUCGGUUUCGUUCUGUUGGGAGGUGUCGAAGUACAUGCUCUGAAUGUUACUGGACUGGUGAUCAACACAUUUGGCGGCGUAUGGUACUCUUAUGCGAAGUAUAAGCAGAAAAGGAAAACACCACGGAAGAUCCAACAUGAUGUAGAGUCGCAUGCCCACAAGUAGCGUCAGAUUAACUGUAGUUAUACUUCGUUCUUUGAUCAGAUAAUAACUGGAUGCAUGUUUAAAUCCAUUUUUUCUGAACUCUAUUCCAUCACCAGCAGUUAGGUUGGUGCAAUUAAGGGAAGCAACAAGCUUUUCCUAUUUCACAUCUUAUAGUUUUUACGAUCAGUGAUAUAGGGUGUAAAGUCAGUUAUUUUUCGCAGCUCCAGUGUGCGAUGCAUCACUUUUGCUCCAAAGAGAGAAAUCCAUGGGUCUGGAUGAGGUGAUUGCCGGUUCUUUAAGGAAUUUUUAAAC